AUGGUUCAGACUAGAUCGAAGACUACCAACCCAGGCCAUCAAGAAAGUAGGGAUGCUUCUUGCAAUCCCCACCGCGACCGUCAAUCUGCGCACGCCAUGCAACCAUCCUCUGUUCAACAUGUGCAAUCCAUGGCAGCCGCUAUGGCAGAGUUAACUCACCAAAACCAAGAACUGACAAAGGAGAUUAAUCUCAAGAGGCAACGGCAUGAGGCAUAUGGAGAAGAACAAGACCAGAGUCAGGGAGAUGGAAGAAAUGCUCAGCCAAAAAGCCAAUCAAGGGGUACCACAUCAAGAAGGGUGCAACACUUGGAGAGAGAGAUCGACCAGAUGAGGAAAGUUAUGAAUGAGAUGAGGGAGAACAUGAGAAGAACAAAUCCUGUAGAGGAUCUAGUUCACCGAACAGAUUCCCCCUUUAUGGCUUCCAUCAAUGGUCACCCUUUGCCUCCAAAAUUCAAGAUGCCUUCCUUGGAUUCGUAUGAUGGAGCGUGUGACCCAUUUGAUCACAUUGCUACUUUUAAGACUACAAUGCACCUUCAGGAGGUCCCGAAUGAAAUUAUGUGUAGGGCCUUCCCUACCACCCUCAAAGGUCCGGCACGAGUGUGGUUUAGUAAAAUACUCCCAAAUUCGGUAAGUUCUUUUGAAGAGUUGAGCAAGUUAUUCAUUAAUAACUUCAUUGGAGGACAGAGACACAAGCGUUCUUCGUCCAGCCUAUUAACCAUAGAACAAGGGGAGAAUGAAAGCCUGCAGUCCUUUAUCACUCGUUUCAACAAGGAAGCCCUGACAGUGGAUGAGGUGGAUGAUAAGCUACUAUUGGCGGCCUUUCACAACGAGGUUAAUUCUGAUUUAUUCAUCCACAAGCUUUAUGAGAAGGAGCAUCAGUCCAUGGGUGAACUCGUCCAUUCAGCCCAGAACUUUAUGAAUGCAGAAGACGCGAUCAUAGCCAAAAAGAGGAAGAGAGCUAAGAGAAUGGAAGCAAACCCCAUGCGCCACUCUGAGCAAGGCCCUCAUCCAAAAAAGGGACGGACGGAAGAUAAAAAAGACCGAGAUGGUAAGAGGGCUGGUCCUUCAGCACGGAGUCAACAAUACACGCCACUGAACGUGCCGCUCAAGCAAGUCCUUAUGCAAGUCAAGGAUGAUCCUUCCUUGAAGUGGUUGGAGGAAUUGAAGGGAGAUCCCAACAAGUGCAAUAGGAACAAAUAUUGCCGCUUCCAUAGAGACCAUGGGCACGACACGGACGAAUUUUACGAUCUGAAACAGCAAAUUGAAAAUCUUAUAAGACAAGAAAAGUUGAGAAAUUUCCUUAGACGAGAGCAUAAGGAUGAGAAGUUGAAAGAGAAGGUAGAAGAGUCGUCACGACCUCCGCUCGAAGAAAAAAGUUAUUAUAGGAGGAAGCUCAACAGGUCAGUCGUCCAAGUCCAGGAAGACGUAUCUGAAAGUAGUGCAGAAUGUUCAACUCUCUAG